AUGGCCAAGAAGUUCACUGUGCUGCAGGAGGGCACUGGUACAUCAGUGGGCAGCCAGCAGGAGGCAGCACAAGACACCCAGGAAGAUGUGGAACAGAAGAUCUUCAUGCAGGAAUCAGAUGCCUCAAAUUUCCUCAAGAGGCGUGGCAAGCGGUCCCCGAAGUCCCAAGAUGAGGUCAACGUGGAGAAGAGGCAGAAGCUGCGGGCCGACGAGCUGCGGAGAGAGCACUAUGAGGAACAAAGGAACGAGUUUGAGAACUUCGUGGAGGAGCAAAACGAUGAACAGGAAGAGAGAAGCCGGGAAGCUACUGAGCAAUGGCGCCAGUGGCAUUAUGAUGGCCUGUACCCAUCUUAUCUCUAUAACCGUCACCACAUCUGACCUCAUCUUGACAGGACCAGGAAGACGGAGCUUGAAACUCACAAACCUACUCCAGGUGUCUGAACAAUGCUUUCACACCAACAGGGCCCUUCAAAGGGUCUCAACUAGGGGCUGGCCGCGGUAAACACGCAUGCCCUUUGUUCUGAUGGAUUAAGAUGCCCUAGCUUUUGCUUCUUUGUAGAUGGUUUUUCUGAGGUGAGCCAAAACACGUGUGGGGGUGCCAGCACUAAACCUACAGUGACUUCCCCUUACUUAGCCACUGUUCCCACAGUCAAGACUCUUGUCCUGUACAACUAUGAAAAGGAUCGCAAUAAAGAGAAAAGACAAUGUGUUCACUUAUGGCUUAGAAAUAAAAUUGCUGAGUCACUUUGUCAUCUUCUGAAAUCUCACACAGCCACGGCAACUCAUCUCCCUUGAGUGACACAUGUCCCUCUCAGUGAUUUGGGCUUCUGAAAGCCUAAGCCUAAACUCCAGGAGUGCUGCUCACUAGUUUCUGUGUCUUGGCAGUCACGCAAAUGCGAGAGAGAUGUUAACACAGUGGUUUUGGUCAGACCCUUCUCUGGAGAGACUCAAGGUUGAACUGUGGUUUCCUAAGUUCAUCCCUCAGAAGCCAGGCUUACACUAAGGCUGGCUGUGGCCAAAACCAUAAAGCAGCUGAAAUCUGGCAUGGGGGUCAGUGACCUCACUCCUCACAGUGCCUGUGGUAGCUCAGGGCUGCCAUAACAACCCAUAACAAACUGGGUGGCUUGGAACAGUAAGAAUUUAUUCUCUUUCAGCUGUGGAGGCUGGAGGUCCCAAUUCAAGGUGUCUGCAGAGCCGUCCCUCCCUCUCCUUAGGGGAGGGUCCUGCCUUGCCUGCUGCAGCUUCUGGUGGCUCCAGGGCAUCCCUGGCUUGGGCUGUGUCACUCCAAUCUCCCUGCCUGUUGUCACAGGGCCCCUGUGUCUCUCUUCUCUUCUUGAUAUAACUUU